CUUUUUUCGCCAUUAAUCGACAAGCAGGAAACCAACGAGGAGGAAAGAGGACGUAACGAGGAAGACAAGAAGCAAGCGACAAAUGGCUUGUCAACAGUGGCGACCUGACCGCGGACGAUGCCUCAGAAGCUACGGAAUCGUUCUCCUUUUGUCUACGAACAUUUUCCUGCAGUGUGUCAACGGGUACCUGAGUUCCUCGCACGUUGGCCAGGAGCCUCCGUACACCAGAGAUGCCAAGCCAGGCUCGGUCAUCACCAGCCCGGAGGUGCCUGCUGCAGCCUCAGCUUCUUCCACUGAUGAGGAGAGCUACGCCUCCAAAUGUCCCAGUGGGGGGCUGUGCAGUCGAUUGCCCGCUGACUGCAUACAAUGCAAUUACCAGCACAAUUGCACCUACGGGAAACCAACCUCCUUUUCCUGUAAAGCCAAAAAGGGCGUUCACUGUGUUGGAGAGUCGGGCCAGCAGCAAAGCAACUUGUCUCUUUCCGUCACCUGUCAGUUUUGCUGGCAGCUGGACGCAACGCAGUACCGCUGCUCCAACUCCACCAACUGCAUGACUGUGGCCUGCCCCCGGCAGCGCUACAAUGCCACUUGCAACGUCUUGGAGCAUGUGCACUGUUUAGGUAAAAGGCGUUUUCAGAAGCGUUUGUAUUGUAACUGGACCGGAGGAUACAAGUGGUCCACGGCGUUGGUGCUCAGGAAGGCUGUGUGUCUCGUCAGCGGUCGAAAAACCUUUUGUUUUACAUGGAUUUCAUUACCAAAAAUAACUUGCACUCAACAAACACACGGUACAAUAUUGGCACCACACUCUUUAAUAAUGUUUGGCAUAUGACGAUCGAUCUGCUCUGAGUGAUUCCUCCACAUCAAUUGCUCUGGUCUUCAGUUGGCGUAUCUCCAUAACUUCUCCGGCGAUCUUGUCCACAGCUUUACAUUGUUUUAACACCUGGCUGGCGUUCUUGUAUUUUAUUUUUGUAUUAUGUUAAUUGUUAGUCUGUGUGGCUGUUGUUUUCCAUUGUAGGUUUGAAGGAGGCUCUGGUUGUUUGAAAUAGACAACGUAUCAUUCUCUUUGUCUUAUAGUUUCAUUUUCAAGUGAACUCCAACUGGUAGUGGCAAUGUACAGCUUGAAGCCUCGUUUUUUUGCACAAUAUUUACUAAUUAUAUCAGCCAAACUGCUGUUAGCUCUCGAGUGGAGCCCUCCUGCUGCCAUACAGCACACGUUUCUCAAGUUUGGGCUCGCAAGUCAAAGCAAAAAUUCGGCCAAUCGACGGGUCGUAACGCAAAAAACUAAGUUGGGUCACUCAUAUCUCGAGGCACCACUGUGUGUGUAAAAUAGAGCUCUAUGACAAAGCAGCAAAGAGGUUAUAUGUUUUUUGUUUUGUUUUUGUUU